AUGGGACAAACUGUCUCUACCCCCAAAAGUUUAACUUUACAGCACUUCAAGGAAGUCCGUGACAUCGCCCACAAUCUCUCAGUGGAAGUGCGAAAAGGAAAAUGGGACACCUUUUGUUCAUCUGAGUGGCCAACCUUUAACGUGGGCUGGCCACGAGAUGGCACCUUUAACCUAGAAGUUAUUUUGCAGGUGAAAGCAAAGGUCAUGGACUCUGGACCCCAUGGACAUCCUGACCUAGUCCCAUAUAUCAUCACGUGGGAAUCUCUGGUCAAAGAUCCCCCAUCAUGGGUAAAACCUUUCCUUCCCCCUUGCCCGAAACCUACACCGUCCGCUCCCUCCCUUCCUCCGCCACUGAUUCCGACCCUGGUUAACUCCGCCCUUUACCCGGCCCUCACAAAAGCGGUACCAGCGGAGACCUCCGGGCGUAAAAAGAGACCUCCGGUGCUGCCGGCAGACGAGGGCCCCCUUCUGGACCUUCUAACUGAACAACCACCCCCUUACCGGGGCCCAGCCCCCGCCCCUGAACAACAGGCAGGGGCUGCCGGGCAGGGGUCACCGGAAGAACCCGCCUCGUCACCGGAAGGACCCGCCUCGUCACCGGAAGGACCCGCCUCCUCACCGGAAGAACCUGCCUCGUCUCCGGUGGCAGGGCGGUUGCGGGGGCGCCGGGAGGUCCCUUCCGGUUCUUCCUCCCAGGCUCUUCCGUUGCGGACGGGGCCUGACCGUCAACUCCAAUACUGGCCCUUUUCUGCCUCUGACUUAUAUAAUUGGAAAAAUAAUAACCCUCCUUUCUCAAAGGACCCGUCUAGGUUAACAGCCCUCAUUGAGUCCAUUCUAGUGACUCACCAGCCCACCUGGGAUGACUGCCAACAGCUGCUCCAGAUGCUGCUGACUACGGAGGAAAAACAACGAGUCAUCCUGGAAGCCCGUAAACAUGUUCCAGGAGAUGAUGGAUUACCUACUCAGUUGCCCGAUAGAAUAGACGCUGCUGUCCCCUUAGAACGACCUAACUGGGAUUUCUCCACUGAGCGCGGUAGGGAACACCUACGUCUUUAUCGCCAGUUGCUCUUAGCGGGUCUCCGAGGGGCUGCAAGACGCCCUACCAAUUUGGCCCAGGUUAAGUUAGUGACUCAAAAGCCAGAAGAAUCCCCCACUGCUUUCCUAGAACGACUUAAGGAGGCAUACCGUAUGUACACUCCAUAUGAUCCAGAGAACCCAGAUCAGGCAACCAACGUGGCCAUGUCUUUCAUUUGGCAGUCCGCCCCAGAUAUCAGAAAGAAGAUAACCCUCAACGUGGGGGGCCAACCUGUCACCUUCCUGGUGGAUACCGGAGCUCAACACUCAGUGCUCACCACAUCUCCAGGACCCCUGUCUGACAGGUCAGCGUGGGUCCAGGGGGCUACUGGAGGAAAAAGGUGCCACUGGACAACCGAAAGAAAAGUACUACUCUCCACCGGUAAGGUGACUCAUUCUUUCCUACAUGUACCUGAUUGCCCUUACCCAUUGCUAGGGAGAGAUCUAUUAACCAAGCUCAAAGCACAGAUUCACUUUGAGGGGACUAAAGCCCAUAUUACGGGGCCACAGGGACAGCCGUUGCAUGUACUGACCUUAAACCUGGAAGAUGAAUACCGGCUAUAUGAGCUUGAGGGGCCUCUGGCCAAGAACAUAUCUGACUGGUUAAAUAACUUCCCAUCUGCCUGGGCAGAAACGGGAGGAAUGGGGCUGGCCACCCAACAGCCACCCCUAAUUAUACCCCUCAAAGCAACCGCAACUCCAGUAUCCAUCAAACAAUACCCUAUGUCUCAAGAGGCCUACCGAGGAAUUCAGCCCCACAUUAAAAGACUCUUAGACCAGGGAAUUCUGACCCCCUGUCAGUCUCCCUGGAAUACACCCCUCCUUCCAGUCAAAAAGCCUGGCACGGGCGAUUAUCGCCCUGUGCAAGAUCUAAGAGAAGUCAACAAACGGGUAGAAGAUAUACACCCAACAGUCCCUAACCCAUACAAUUUGCUGACUGGAUUACCACCAACCUAUGUAUGGUACACGGUCCUGGACCUCAAGGAUGCAUUCUUUUGUUUAAGGCUUCAUCCACAGAGCCAGCCUAUUUUUGCCUUCGAGUGGAGGGACCCAGAGUUGGGACUAUCGGGGCAACUCACCUGGACUAGGCUCCCACAGGGGUUUAAAAACAGCCCCACCUUAUUUGAUGAGGCGUUACACCGGGAUCUGGCCGACUUUAGGGUUCAAUACCGCCUCCUGGCUGCAGAGACUGAGGAAAAAUGUAGAGAAGGAACAAAGGCCCUCCUAGUCACCCUGGGAACUCUAGGGUAUCGGGCCUCGGCUAAAAAGGCCCAAAUAUGUCAAAAGCAGGUUACGUACCUAGGUUACCAGAUUAGGGAUGGACAAAGAUGGCUAACAGAAGCACGAAAACAGACAAUCCUGAGUAUUCCAGUGCCUAAGAGCCCACGACAGUUGAGAGAGUUCCUGGGGACGGCGGGGUUCUGUCGGAUCUGGAUCCCAGGGUUCGCAGAGCUGGCUGCACUGCUCUACUCACUUACAAAACCAGGUACCCUCUUUACCUGGGAAAAUGAACAACAAAAAGCCUUUACGGCUAUCAAAAAGGCCUUAUUAACUUCCCCCGCAUUGGGACUUCCUGACUUAAAUAAGCCCUUUGAGCUAUUUAUUGAUGAAAAACAAGGCUAUGCAAAAGGAGUCUUGACCCAAAAACUGGGACCCUGGAGGCGCCCAAUUGCCUACCUGUCUAAGAAACUUGACCCGGUGGCUACAGGAUGGCCUCCCUGUUUGAGAAUGGUCGCAGCAAUUGCUCUCCUAACUAAGGACUCUAGUAAGCUAACUAUGGGACAACCGAUAACAGUUCUGGCUCCUCAUGCAGUGGAAGCCCUGGUUAAACAACCUCCGGGUCGAUGGCUUUCCAAUACCCGUAUGACCCACUACCAGGCCCUACUGCUGGACGCUGACCGCGUACACUUUGGUCCGGUGGUAGCCCUCAACCCGGCAUCAUUACUCCCCCUAUCGGAGAGUCCAGAAACUCAUGACUGUCUCCAGAUACUUGCAGAGGUACACGGCACUCGGCCUGACCUAACCGAUCAGCCCCUGCCCGAUGCUGACUUCACCUGGUACACCGACGGGAGUAGCUUUCUGGACAACGGAGAACGAAGAGCAGGGGCUGCGAUCACCACUGAGACUGAGGUAAUUUGGGCUAAGGCUCUACCACCCGGCACCUCGGCACAACGGGCCGAACUCAUCGCCCUGACUCAGGCCCUCCGGAUGGCGAAAGGUAAGAAGCUCAACGUUUAUACCGAUAGCCGCUAUGCCUUUGCCACUGCACAUAUUCAUGGAGAGAUAUACCGGAGAAGGGGACUAUUAACUUCAGAAGGAAAAGAGAUCAAAAACAAGACUGAGAUAUUAGCCUUGCUUGAGGCAUUGUUUUUGCCUCUAAAGCUGAGUAUCAUCCACUGUCUGGGUCACCAAAAGGGAAAUAGCCCUGAGGCUCGAGGCAACCGUCUGGCAGAUGAGGCUGCCAGAAAGAUAGCACAACAGAAAGACUUUACAAUCUCUCAGACCCUGACCAUAAAGAAAAUAAAGCGAGGAGGAAAACCAGUGUGGCCCCAACGUAUGACUUAUUAUUUGAUUGACCAACUUCAUAAGCUAACCCAUCUGAGUCACAAAAAGAUGAAAACCCUCCUUGAAAGGGAGGAGGACACCCACUAUCUGUUGGGAAAGGACAAAAUUUUACAACAAGUUGCCGAGAGGUGCACCGCGUGUGCACGAGUUAAUGCUGGACAAAACAAGGUGGGCUCCGGGGUCAGAGUGCAAGGGCACCGACCCGGGACUCAUUGGGAGAUUGACUUCACAGAGGUCAAGCCUGGACUAUAUGGAUACCGCUAUUUGCUGGUGUUCACGGACACUUUCUCCGGAUGGGUAGAGGCUUACCCUACCAAACAUGAAACUGCAAAAGUUGUCACCAAAAAGUUGUUGGAAGAAAUCUUCCCCAGGUACGGUAUGCCACGGGCGUUGGGCUCUGACAAUGGCCCUGCAUUCGUCUCCCGGGUAAGUAAGUUGGUGGCCACAUUACUGGGGAUCGAUUGGAAAUUACACUGUGCAUACCGCCCCCAGAGCUCAGGACAGGUAGAGCGUAUGAAUAGAACAAUUAAGGAGACUUUAACUAAAUUAACGCUUGCAACUGGCGAAAGAGACUGGGUGACCCUCCUUCCCUUGGCGCUAUAUCGGGCCCGGAACACUCCUGGCCCUCAUGGACUUACCCCCUUUGAAAUCCUCUAUGGUGCCCCUCCCCCAGCUGUUCAUUUCCUAGAUUCUGAUAUAGGUGGCUUCGCUAACUCUCCUUCCCUUUAGACUCAUCUGCAGGCGCUUCAAAUAGUACAACGAGAAGUGUGGAAGCCUCUGGCAGCUGCAUACCAAGAACGACUAAACCAACCUGUGGUACCACAUCAAUUCCAGAUCGGGGACGUGGUCUGGGUGCGACGACAUCAGGCCAAGAACUUGGAACCGUGCUGGAAGGGGCCCUACACUGUACUGCUGACGACACCUACAGCCCUGAAGGUAGACGGCAUCGCCGCCUGGGUCCACGCCUCCCACGUCAAAGCCGCCGCCCCCGAGGACCAGCUCGACCACCCGGACUUGAAAGCCAGAUGGAAACUUCACUGCACUCAAAAUCCACUAAAGAUAAGAUUGACUUGUGGGGAGCCCUAA